AUAGUCUCCUGAGUUUAUUUUGAAAGCUCACUUACAGAACUCACUUAAACAGCUCAGAAAAGACAAGCACACACACACUUGAAGAAGUAGUCACUACAUUUUCCUGUUUAAAAGAUUUUAAAAAUUAAGAUGAACAAGGAAACGAGAAAAAAUACAAGUCCAGCAGAUAACAAAGAUCCAGGAGAUCAAAACUGUGAGAGCAGGAUGGCUAAAAGAAAGGCCAGUCCUGAAAGGAAGACCCCCGUAAAAAGGAGGAGGGUCACUGAGGAGGCUGCUCCUUCCACCAGCUCAGACACUCAUGAGGUCAAAGGAGUGAAGCGUAAGCUCCAGCAAGAUGGAGCCGGCACAACCAGUCCAGCAAAGAAGUCGAAACUUGCUGAGCCUACGAGCGGUGAUGAGGAGCAAGCGUCUUCCUCCUUGGACGCUGGUAAAGACUGCAGUCAAAGCACAAAUGGGUGCAUGAAAGAUGGUAAAAGGAAGGCUGCAGGAGACAGCAAAGAGCCACCCAAGAGAAGGAAAAGGGACAAAACCAAACACAGCGCCCAAAAUUCAGCAGCUGACCAGAGACGUGAAUUCCAGGCCAGAUACGUGGAGGAGCACCAUCUUGGAGGAGGCGGCUGUGGAGCAGUGUUUGCUGGCUACCGGAUAACGGAUCAUUUCCCAGUAGCCAUCAAACACAUCCCAAAGGACAGAAUCCCCAUCAAAGUGAGGGAUGAAAACGGGAAGCUGGUCUCAGUGGAAGUGGCCAUUAUGCUGAAGCUUGCAGCUGAAGCAGACGGAUCAGUGGGAACGUCAGCACCCGUGUCUCUGCUGGACUGGUUUGACCUCGGCACAGAGCUGAUCCUGGUGCUGGAGAGACCUGUCCCUGCUGUGGACCUGCAUGAUUACAUAACAGAAAAUGGAGGAUGUUUACCAGAGGAAAAGGCCAAGGUCAUUCUGAAGCAGCUGGUCGAUGCAGCAAAGGACCUGGAGGAUAAACACAUCUUUCACCGGGACAUCAAGAGUGAGAACAUUCUGAUUGAGACCGGCUCAGAUGUGCCUCGUGUUCGUAUCAUCGACUUUGGACUGAGCUGCUUUGCUAAGGCGCGAUCGCUGUACCGCGUCUUCUACGGUACACCUAUUCACACCCCUCCCGAAUGUUACGGACGCAAGAAAUACAAGGCUGGACCCACCACAGUGUGGCAAAUGGGAGUGGUGCUGUAUGAAGCGCUUCAUGUGGGGGACUUUAAUACCGUGACGUUCCUCCAAAAGGAAUUGAUAUUCAACAAGGAUCUGUCUCCACACUGCCAGAAUUUCUUGGACGCAUGUUUAACCAAUGUCCCGGAGAAGCGCCCAACGCUGGGGGACCUCCAGCUUCACCCCUGGCUCAGAUAAACCCGUCUCUCUCACACACAGACACACACUUCAUAUCUUAUCAUAUAAGUGUGAUACAUUACCUAACUUUCUUUUUUGUGUCUUUUUUACAGGAAAAUAUUGUUUUUUGUUCUUUUGGCCUAUUCUAAAUUUUGCUAUCCUGGAGUUCCUGUAACC